CCACAGAAACAUAUUGGCAUAAAUAACUCAUUUAUCCGCUUGUAAGUUGUACUCUUCGAUUUUAACGUGUUGAAACCAUUCGAGUUGUUGCAAUCUCAUCACAGUAUGUCGAACGGAAAAGCACCGGAGAAGUCUAGUUUUUCCCUGAGAUGUAGUUUGUUCAGCCGCUACUUGAAGGAGAAGGGUAGUUUUGGGAAUAUUGAUAUAGGGUUGGCUCGGAAACUCGAUCUUGAACUCGCCGGAAAAUCCGAUCUCAGUGGACAACAAAAUGAGAUAAAGAAGGCAGACAUUUCAGAAACCAGACCCUUCGAUUUGUCUCAGAAGGUUUCAGUAGGUGAAGCCUCUACUUCUUCCGGAGGCAAUCCCAGAUUUGUGGAUCUAAGCGAACCAGCAAGUGUAGUACCGGAACCUGGAAAUUCCCAGUUAACCAUAUUCUUCCGCGGAAAAGUUAUGGUUUACGACGAGUUUCCUGAAGACAAAGCAAAGGAGAUAAUGGAAGCAGCGAGAGAAGCAGCACAUCAUGUUUCUACUGAUUCAAAGAACACUCAGAAUCUAGACAUGAACGUCAACAACAAAAGCAACGUUGUGAUUCCUGAUCUGAACGAGCCAAGUACUUCCGGGACCAACAACGAUGAUCAUCAAACAGGACAGCAACAUCAAGUCGUGGAACGCAUUGCAAGAAGAGCCUCUCUUCAUCGUUUCUUUGCUAAACGAAAAGACAGGGCUGUGGCUAGAGCUCCGUAUCAAGUGAAUCAAAGUGGUGGUCAUCUUCCUCCCAAGCCACAAAAGGUUGGUCCAUCGGUAGAGCCAGGACAACCCUCGCAACAGCCUGAGACUCCCUCAAAACCAAAGAGACAUAACGAUGUGUCGAUGGAAGUGGACGGAGAAGGAAGGUGUUCAGAAGAUCUCGAACUCAAGCUUUAGUACAUAUAAAAGGUCAUGUUUGGAGUUUAACUUAUUUAGGAUUCGAAGCCGCAUAAUAAAUGUUUAGAUUC